AUGGCACCAGCUGCACUCUCGCCCGAAAUGGACGAGCUCGCAGCCUUCUUCCAGCGCGCAGGCCUCUCCGAACAGCGCGCAAAGGAGACCGCACGCUCAAAGACCGCUCCCGCCGCCCGCUCACUCUUCGAGGCCGCCGGACUCGAAACCAGCCCGCUCGAGGACAAGCAGGGCGCACUUGUGCUCCAGGUCGCCAAGGAUGGGCACGCGCUGUCGGACGAGGCGCGGCUGUACAUCGUCGAGGCGGUCAGGGAUGGCAGAUUGUCCAAGAGCGAUCAGGUUACGGGUCAGCCGGCAAUCAAGUUCAUGGGAGCGACAGUCCCUCCGGUUGACCAGGCAGCGUUCGACGAAGCAUGCGGAGUUGGUUUCACGAUCACGCCGGACGAGCUCGACCGCCGAGUCCGCGCCUAUCUCACGACGCACGACGCCGAAGUCUCCAAGUCGGGCUGGGGCGGGUUCAGCAAGACGAGCGGAUUGAUGCGCCAGGACGACUCGCUCAAGUGGGUCAACCCGCUCGAGCUGAAGGCGGCGGCGGAGAAGGCAUUUGAGGAGAAGUUUGGGAAGAAGGAGGAUGCGAAGAAGGCCCAGGCGGAGAAGGCGAAGAAGGAGUCCAAGGCCCCCAAAGCCUCGACCUCAACCGCCUCCCUCCCCGCCGCCGAGUCCCCCGACGACAUGUUUAAGCAGGGCUGGCUUUCGCGCCUGCACAAGCCCGGAGGAAACGAGCAGCCGAUCGCGGAGCGCAUGAAGGAACACUUGGCCUGGACCGGAGGAAAGGUGUUUACGCGGUUCCCGCCUGAGCCGAACGGCUUCUUGCAUAUCGGGCACUCGAAGGCCAUCGCGGUCAACUUCGGCUACGCCAAGUUCCACAAAGGCCAUUGCUACCUCCGCUACGACGACACGAAUCCCGAAGCGGAAGAGCAGAUUUACUUCGACAAGAUCCUCGAGAACGUCCGCUGGCUCGGCUACGAGCCGUACCAGAUCACCCACUCGAGCGACCACUUCCAGGAACUUUACGACCUCGCUUGCUUGCUCAUCAAGAAGGGCUUGGCGUACACGAGCGAUGACAGCGCCGAGGAGAUUGCGAACCAGCGAGGCGGCAAGGACCACGGCCCGCGCUACGAGUCAAAGGACCGCAACAAGCCGAUCGAGCAGUCUCUCGCCGAGUUCGCCGACAUGAAGGCGGGCAAGUACAAGCCGGGCGAGAUGGUGCUUCGCAUGAAGCAGGACAUGCAGAGCUCGAACCCGACCAUGUGGGACAUCAUUGCGUACCGCGUCUUGGGCAAGCCGCAUCACCGCACCGGUACGCAGUGGUGCAUCUACCCGACGUACGACUUCACUCACUGCCUCUGCGACUCGUUCGAGAACAUCACCCACUCACUCUGCACAGUCGAGUUCAUCGCCGCACGAACAGCCUACGAUUGGCUUUGCGACGCGCUCGAGGUGUACAAGCCCCGUCAGUCCGAGUACGGUCGGCUCACGCUCGAGGGCGCCAUCACCUCGAAGCGAAAGCUGCUGAAGCUCGUCAAGGAGGGACACGUCAACGGAUGGGACGACCCUCGACUGCACACGCUCGUCGCGCUCAAGCGUCGCGGUGUUCCUCCCGCCGCCAUCAUCACCUUCGUCUCAAGCCUCGGUGUCUCGACGCAGAACUCGCUCGUACAGCUCUCGCGCUUCGAACAGACCGUCCGCUCGCACCUCGAGAUGACGACUCCCCGGCUCAACCUCAUCCUCCGCCCCAUCCGCGUUACCCUCGAAAACCUUCCCGCCGACUUCUUCCUCGAGGUCGAGAAGCCUCUGCACCCGAAGGACCCGUCGAUGGGCACUGCUCGCGUCCCCUUCACUCGCGAGGUCUUCAUCGACGCCGACGACUUCCGGACAGAAGCCUCGAAGGACUUCUUCCGCCUCGCACCCGGCGCGACCGUCGGCUUGCUCAACGUUCCCAAACCCAUCUCGUACGUCUCGCACGAGACGGACCCUGCGACGGGCGCCGUCACGCACAUCGUCUGCCGAUACGACGAGGACGUGAAGGAGGGCUUCAAGCCGAAGGGCUGGAUCCACUGGGUCGCGUCGUCUGCCGCGCACAACUCGCCUGUCAAGGUCAAGGAGACGCGCCUCUUCUCUCGGCUGUUCAAGAGCGACAACCCCGGCGCGCUCGGAGACGCCUACCUCGACGACUUGAACCCCGAGUCGCUCAAGGUGGUCGAAGGCGCGUUGAUCGAGCCGGCCGUGUGGGACGUCGUCCGCUCGAGCUUGAAGCGCGCGAACGAGGUCGUCGAGCUGCGCAAGGCCGAGGCGGCGAAGAACGGGACCGAGGCGCCGCCCAGUGUCGACGGGCUUGAGGUCGUCCGCUUCCAGGCCAACCGCGUGGCGUACUUCUGCCUCGACGCCGACUCGAAGCUCGUUGAGGACGGCGCGAAGGACGGAGGCGAGCUCGUGCUGAACUUGAUUGCGAGUCUGAAGGAGGACAAGGGCAAGGGGCGGUAG